AUGCUUGCCUCGCGAUCCGCAAAGCCCAAGUUGGCCUUGAGCAUCUCCACCGCCCAGACCACUAGACCAACACUGUCACUCAAGUCUCCCAUGAUGCCACUGAGAUCACCCCUCAAGUCACCCAUCUCACCGUCUCCCAUCAGCCCAACAGCACGGAACACGCGGCUCAACCAGCGCGGGUACUCGACAAAGCAACAGCCAACAUACGCAUAUGUGAACUCGAGCUCCUCAAGAAGCAUCUUGAAGAAGUCUUCGCCCACCAAGCCAAGCACACAGCGUCGACAGCUGUCCUUCUCAGAGUCACCUGUCGUGUACAGCGUCACGCCAAUCGAGGAGGAGGACUACUAUGGCAACCACGUCAAGAUGUCCCGAGAUGAGCGACGAUGGUCCCGCAGAUGA